AAGGAGUGUUGGCUGGUCUUUGUGCUGCAGACAUUCCCAAAUAGUUAGCUCAGGACUUCAUAGUGUACAAUCCUUUCCACUGAAAUUUGAAACCCGUCAAAACAUUUGCAUUUCUUCAAGUAAAAGAUGAACUGCUUUGGGGUAACUUCACUGAUUUGUCUUAAUAUUUGUUUGUUCAGUUUAGGAGAGACUGUCGUAAGUAAUGUCAAGCCUUGUUCAUCUAAGGGCACAAGGAAUGUUGGAGCUGUGGAGGAACCACUCAAGGCAGAAGAGAAAAAUAAAUCUGCAGAUAUUUCAAAACAAAAAGACCAAUGCCUUGUACCAUGUGAUGUUCAAGCUAAAAUUUUACGAGGGGAAAAACAUUACAUGUGCCGAAAUUUGCAGAACUCACUUGUGGAAUAUGCAAGAAGUACAAAAAAAAUGUUAAGGAACAUGAUGGAUGAUCAACAGUCUUCUUUGGACUACCUUUCUAAUCAGGUGAAUGAAGUAAUGAACAGACUUUUACUUUUGAAUGCAGAAGUUUUGAGAAAGCAUUUGGAUCCACUUCCUUACAAAGCAGUUCAGUCUCAUGGGUUGGAUUGCACUGAUAUUAAAGAUACUGUUGGUUCAGUUUCAAAAACUCCAACUGGCCUGUACAUUAUCCAUCCAGAAGGAUCAAAUUAUCCUUUUGAGGUUUUGUGUGACAUGGAUUUUCAAGGAGGUGGAUGGACUGUGGUUCAGAAAAGAACUGAUGGAAUCAUUCCGUUCCAGAGAACAUGGUCUGAAUAUCUGGAUGGAUUUGGUGACCUGUCUGGGGAGUUUUGGCUUGGAUUGAGGAAGAUUUUUUACAUAGUAAAUCAAAAAGCCACUAGUUUCCGUCUUUAUGUGGAUUUGGAAUCAGAAAAUGACAAGCAUGCCUAUGCAUCAUACGAUGGAUUUUGGAUAGAGGAUGAAGCAUGUUCUUUUAAGAUCCAUUUGGGGCGUUAUUCAGGAAAUGCUGGUGAUGCAUUUAGAGGAUACAGAAAAGAAGAUAACCAGAAUUCAAUGCCUUUCAGCACAUUAGAUGUUGAUAAUGAUGGAUGCAGGCCAAUGUGCACUAUUAAAGAAGAGCCUGUAAAGAGCUGCAGUAACUUCAGUGAUAACACUGGCUGGUGGUUCAACCAAUGUGGCCUUGCAAACCUUAAUGGUGUUCAUCGCUACACAGGUAGAUAUGUUGCAACUGGGAUUCACUGGGAUACAUGGACAAUGAACAGCAAGCCAACCAAAAUUAAAUCAGUUUCAAUGAAAAUUCGGAGAACUUAUAAUCCGUAUUUCCAUUAGCCUAUGAAAAUAGAAAUACAUCUCUUCUUGCAGUUAUGUGGGAUAAUGUAUCACUGCAUUAUGAAUGCCUUUCAUUUUCACUCCAACAGUACAAUCUUAAACUUUAUUAGAUAUUUUCAUAAUACAGUUACUUAUUUUUGUUAUGAAAUGACAGCGUUUGUUGUGUUCCUACUUAAGUAAGAAGGUCUUAAGAAGAAUAGGAUUUUCAGAAAAUUAUGAACUUUGGAAUUUGUCAGCUUUUAUUCAACUUCCUCUUAUGCAGUCUCAGUGUUAGCAGAAAAAUUAUGAAAGGGAGUGUCAUGCUGACUUUUGAAGAUGUUUUUUCUAUGUUCUCUGCAUAUCUGAACUGACAAAAAAAGAAGUAGAUUUUCUUUUAAAAAGCCAUAUAUCUCUUUCUUAUCACUAUAUUUUGGAAGAAUACCUUUUCUUACUGUAGCUGAAUUUUCCAUAAUCGGCUCUUCUUUCUGUAUUACUUAUCAGUCAAGAUAACACUGUCUUGUUUCAACACAUAUGUAAGGUUCUGUA